ACAACGACUGCGGACCUUGGCUGCAUUUAUAAGUCUUUACUGACCUUCGCCUACUAGAAUUGGAAGGUCAUCUACCAAGAUCAUCGUGUUACCAUGUGAAUGGAAUGGACAAUUGCUUUCCGUCUGUGAAAGUGCUGCGCGGCGUUUAUUCCUCAGAUUCUAGGCAUUCGACAAUCAACUUUGCUCCAAUUCCCGUUGGCGAAGAAGUCACCGAACAGAUGUCUCUUGCAACCACCGACACAGCUUCUACUGUACAUCACAGGACCUGGGCCUCCAAACGGAGCCACAUCUCCCCCUCGUCCCUAUCACCAUCGUCUAUCAGUUCCUCUCGCAAAGCUCUUUCAUCCCUCGUUUCCACUUCGUUUCCGUCGACACGAAACUACAGCGCAAAACGUUUGCUCGAUGCUCAUAAUUCUUGUACGAACUCACCAUACCUUGGAGAGCAGCGACGACUUUGUAAUUUACAGUCCCUGUCAUCACCUUUCCCGUGCUACCACUUUAAGACACUGGCUCAUCAGCAACUCCGCGCGGUCAGUGUAGGACACUUGGGAUGCCUAAUCCGCGCAGCGAAACGACCAAGCCCUGGCUUUGGCCGUGUUAAAUCCCUUGGAAACCUGUCCACUAAGGAACCUCAUUGGAAUAGAAUGCUUCUCAGAGGCCCAGGGACGGGUGGCGGACGAAUCCAAUUGCACUCACGCGUGUUCACAAAUGAGGGCGAGAACGAAUGGGAAAGUGUGCAUGCAUCAGAUAUCACGGCGGCUUUCAACCCUUUUGAAUGGUGGAUGGAUGAGCGCGCUGUCGUUAGUGGUGUCAAUCGAAGAGCUACAUUCAACUUGGGGGAUUCCUCAGAAGCAGAAUCCUCCUUUGUGGAUAACAACAAACAAUGCAGUGCGGGCCAACUGUUUCUACCAGGAAGAUCCAAUUUUGAAGAUGAGCUCAUCCGCGAGACUGCUCAAUUUGAGCUAUGUGAAUUUAUUAUCGGUGAAAUGGAGUUCCUCAACUCCAUCCAGCUACUCCGAGAAACAUAUAUGGAGUUUGACGCACCGGAUAUUCACACAUUAAAUUCCAGGAUCAGUAAUACCGCGACUGCCGUGUCGCCUCCGCCCAUCUCCUUCCAAAGGUCUGUCCUCCAACAGUCCUUGUUGAACACCUGCACAGCCCCCAAAGUUCCUAUCCAUCGCAAUCUUAGCUUUCCUCCAUCGCAGCCCCCAAUACCUCCCGCAAACCAUCAUUUCUCAUUCACGGACCUUUUUGGAGCGAUACAAGACGGAGGUCUGUUAGAUGACGAGCCCUUCCAAGCACAGGCCUCAGAGAUCCUUGAGGAUUUCAAUUCGCUUGGUCGUGUGGACACUGAACGGCCCGGAGAUCCUUCCUCUUAUCCAGAUGAUUCACUUCAAUCCCGAUUCGUGACCACCCUGGCUGCUGACAUGAUAACACAUUGUAUGGAGAUGUAUGUUGGUCACUCGGAACAAAUGGCGUUCCUGAAAGACUUGCACCAGUUGUUCAUGCAGACAUGCGACGCAGAUUGGGUCUUCGAUGAACCCAUUUGGGAUGUCUUCACUCGUCCAAAGGAUAGCCACCCGCGACGGAUGUAUCGCUCACCGGCCCCUUUGAAAUCAACAGUCUUGUUCGGCUCAUUUGCAGGGCUCAGUCAUAAUUCGGUUGACUCAGACCCCGAAGGAUACCCGCAACGAAAUCGUCGUCGCGCCCACUCUGUGGCUGUUAUUGUACGUACUCAUAGGAAUCCUUCUACUCCCGUGAAACCUUCUUCCAGUCCAACCCAGCACCUUUCACCCACAAGCGAAUCUAUGAUCAUGACACCUGCUUGCGGUGCGUCCACCCAACCCAGUCGUACGGCCUUUGAGCUCAGAACAAAUUUCUUCGCCCCUCCAAGUCUUCAACCAGAGCCAAGUCGUUCGAAUUCUACCACUGCAUUGUGCUCUCCUCUACCGUAUAUCCUUCUACUUCGUCCGCCGGUACCGAACUCAAAGCGAAGGUCUAUUCUCUUAGCUCAACGAAAUCGCUGUGCUGGUUGCGGUGUAUUUGUGGAAACACGUUAUUUGAGACGGAUGCGUUUUUGCGAAUUCUUUGGUCGCUUCUUUUGUUGCGUCUGUCACAGCAACACCUUGAUGGUCCUACCGGGAAAUGUAUUGAACAAUUGGGAUUUCCGCAUGGUACCCGUUAGCAAUAUCGCUCGAGAUCGUUUGAAACAGCUUCAUCGGCAGCCCUUGUUACGUCUGUCGGAAUUCAGCCCCCGAGUUCGUCAGACGCAGACCGCAUUACGCAAUUGUUCUGUGCUGCGCAAGCAGGGCAACGCGAUUUUGCCGUUUGUUCGUUUCUGUCCCAACGCGCGUGAUCUCUUGUCCAACUUGGCGCAACUACCGUCGCAUUGGCUCGAAACUCCGGACUUGUGGAGUGUGGCCGACCUGUGCGCUGUACUGAGUGGCCAACUGGACAUGCACUUACGUGGGACUCUACAACCCGUGGUGGACCACCUAUCCACGUGCAGUCGAUGUCGACUACAAGGCUUUAUCUGCGAGGUUUGUCACUCUGGACAAAUUCUCUUCCCCUUCGGACAGGCUAACACUGUGUCUUGUGUGAUGUGCAAUGCAUGUUUCCACCGAAGCUGUUUGCGGAAUCCCCGGCAGGACAAUUGUCCACGAUGUUUGCGCCGAGCGCAACGACGCAAACGCCACCCGACUCAUGCACUGUUGCUCAACUCGUGCGACAGCGAUGGAGAACAUAUGCUAUCCAGAAACACUUGAUCUCACUUCUGGGUUGUUCUACCGGCUUUCGUGCAGCAGUGGCUUGCUGAACCGUCGAACUAAUCUCCCUCCAUGAAUCUCCUCAUAUGAUUUGCGGAAUUCUUAUUCGUCACUGUUUCUAUGAUCCAUUUCCUCCGAUGCCAAUUUCUCCAAGCCCUUCCUAUGCUUCCCCCCGUAACUUUAAUCCUUGGUCUUUCAUAUCUGCAUUCCAAAUCAGCCCCGCAAAGUAUUUUUCUGUUUAGAACCUGAAUCUCGUCUUAUUUUGAACACUCACUUGACCAUCCGGGCAUACGUCAACUUAUCACUUCCCAUUUUUGCCACUGCUCAUCUUUUCUAGCUUUUUACUGAUGCAUGCCACAAGUUGAAACGAACUUUUCAGAGUUAAUUGAUGUAUAAAUUAUGCGCAUGCAUAUUUCUCUGUACAGGUCGUUAUUGGAUCGUGUUUUUACUUGCCUGC